GGAACGUAGCACAUUGUACUUUAGAAAAACAUGUAGUAUUAACAUCUUUAAAUCGAAUGUAAAGAACAGGUUGUGCAUUAUGACUAGUUCAAUGCGGCGCCUUCUGGUCUGUGCGACUCGGCCACCAGGGGCAGUGUUAGACAGUCACGCAGACACGAAAGAGCAGAGUUUCACAACUACUGCUAGUGACGCAGCAAUCUGGAUUAAUAUUAGUUGUUUGCUUUGCAGAGGAUGAAGAAUAUGUGCCUGCGAGUAUUGUGCUAUUGUUUUGUCUACGUGCCACUGCACCGUUUGUGUUUGAAUAUCCGUUACUUAAAGUGGUAUGACCCAUUUUCUUUGUUUUACAUCGAGUUUGACAGUCGACUUUAACUAGGACUGGCAUUGAACAUCUUGAAGCCUCUUUUUUUGAAGAUCAUCUCACGAUGCCAAAUGGCCGCGUGUUGUGAAGUGAGCCGAGUUCACUGCUACCAAUUUUUGCUCGCAGGUCCAAAAAACUGUGAGCGCAAAUUCCGAACAGCAAGUAAGGACUGGGUUUGUUUCCAGCAUUGAAAUACUGUAGCUAGCAAGCGAGCUUAACAUAAGUAACUAACAACACUGCAUUAGUCCUUGCGUCAAGGCUGUAUUCCACACUGUUGUUUUCCCACAAAGCCUGACAGAUUACACUUUGAAGUUAACUUUAUAACAUAGUGUAUUUACAUGCUCAUAACUCCGUAAUUGAAAGAGCUGUGGGUAGUUAUAAUAAUGACAAUAAUUACCGACUCGCUCCACAUUAUUCCUUAUAGACCGCAUACAUCUGGUUCAUCUGCUGUCAGCGUGAUUGAUCGUAAUAAUGCAUUUGAUGUCAAAUGAUGCGUAGAUUUUGCCCUUCAGCUCCUUGCUGUCAAACAAAAGUACUGAACCAGGGAACAGUUGGGCAUUCGAAAGUUUAGAGAUCAAUUUAAAUUCAGAGAGAAAUCUGAAAGCCCGAUAUUUUUGUGAGUGAAGUAGAUAUAUAAUAAAAAUAGGUGACUGACAGACUAUGACUAUGAUGUCAUCCUUCCCAAUAUACGAUUCCUGACAUUCAGAGCUGAAGACAGAUGGACGAGCGUGACGUUCACGUCUUGACUUCCGUCUGCCGGCUGUAUCAAUGUUGCCUUUGUUUUGCUGAGAGGCGGUUAGAAUCAACAAAAACAUGCUUGCAUUACCACAAGUAAUUCUGCAAGGGGCUGGCGACAAAGGUUUGAACUCUUUUUUUUUUUUUUUUUUUUUUUUUUUACUUUUUCAGUGUCUCCAAAGAGCCCCUCCGAUGAAUGCCUAGCACCAGUUAACUUUUGUUUUCACUUUUUUUUCUCUCUUGACUCAAUUUUCACAUUCAAUUGUAGUUGUUAAAAAUGCUUUUUUUAAUUAUUAUUAUUUUUAUUUUAAGUAUUUGCCAUUUACUAUUUUAUCUUUUUACAUUUUUGUUUUCCACUUUUUAAAAUGUCACUUUUCUGUUUUUGUCUGUAUUAUUUAUUAUUUUUGUUGACCUAAGUUUUCACAUCUUUUUCACUGCUGAAAAAUAACCUUUGACUUUUCUUUGCAGUUUAAAUUCUUUUUUGUAUUUAUUUUUGUUGUUUAAUUUUGUUAUUAUUUUCAAUUGUAUUUUUCACUUUUUAUGUUUACUUUAAUUUUGGCCUUUUUCCAUUUUAUUGUUUCUUGUUAUUGUUCUACAUCAACGAGGACAAAAAAAUGAACUUAAAUGAUUUUAACAAAUGGCUGCAAUAUAACAAAGAGUGACAAAUUUAAGGGGGGGUCUGAAAACUUUCCGCCACCCACUGUAAUGAUCACGCCAUUCCAACGGAGCGUCUUUGCGUUGUAUGUGAUUAACGCUUGCCGAAUCUCCUUCCUGUCGAACCGGCUGAGCCGCACGAGAUGAAAUCGCAUCUCGACAUCUUUGCCUAAUGAUAGAUAAAUAUCAGGGAAUGUUCAGGUAACAUACAGUAUCUGUCCGUCCCCCAGUGAGCCGAUGGUACCCUGUCCGCGUACGGAAUGAUGGUUAAAUAUCGUCACACGUAGACGUCCAAAACUGACAUUUGCUGCAAAUUGGGUGUUAAAAGCCACAAUUAAUCAAUCAAGGACGCGUCACAGUUAUUGAGUGAAACAGCGACUUUCGGAGCCGUAUUUGGUAACUUCGACUCAAGUACCACGACUAUACUAUAUGGUAUGUACUAAGUCUUAUUGUCUAAACUAUGUGGCUUACUACAUAUCAUAGUAUAUAUUAUAUGGCUUAGUUUAUCUUCGGCACACAUUUCGAACCAUACGAGGGUUGAGGUUGAAGAAAUGUGAAAAAGAAAAACAUUACGGUGACACAUUUUGAUGGAUAUAGUAUUGAUGUAAAUGAACUUUUUUUUUUUUUUUAAUUUUCCCUUUUCACAUUUCUUUUUGUAUUUUUCACUUUUUCCAACUAAUUUUGACAUUUUUGUUUCAGAUUUAGUUUCAACUUCCAUUUUUGAGUUUUCCCUUUUUGAAUUUUCCAUUUUUUUUUGUAUUCACUUUGUCAUUUUUUAAUUUUUUUCACUUAAAUUCUACAAUUUCCUUUUUUUUAUUUUUCCCUUUUUAUUUUUUAUUGUGUUUGUUUAUAUUUGUGACUGUUUAACUUAUUUCAACAAUAUUGAUAUAAAUACAAAUGUAUUCAUCUUAAAGAUAACAUUUACACAUUUAUAAAAAUGUACAAAAAUAUAGAUUUUCAUCUCAAAAGUAAUUCAAUCCCCUGAUAAAUACCUAAAGGUAUAUACAACUACUUUUUUUUUUUUUAAGUGUAUCAUAGCAAUCCCUAGAAUAGGAGGGACACCGUUGCGAUUGAGCCGUGAAAAACAACAGCUAAGUAUUCAAGCUAUUCGUGCAAUUUGUUAAACUUCUUAAACUACCACUCAAAUCAGGAACCCGAAUGCCAAUCAAUUAGCAUUAGCGUAGCAUCGGGAAGCGAUACAUAGACAAAAAAAGCACCAAAAAAAAGUUUUAAAAAAGGAUUGCACAGACGAUCCUGCGACAAAUUAAACAAAACUUGAAAUAGGGAUGUUUUAUACAAUCUAAUCUCAGUUUGCCAAAAAUAGACGGGCAGCCGUUGAAAUGUUGCAUUUCCUGCUUGUGCGUGGAUAAUUAUUAUCGUUAAUAUGACGACAUGACAUGACAUGCUGAGCCUACAUAUAUUCAGCGCUGCCAUCUGUUUUUUUUUUUUGGGUACCCGGCAAAUAUCUUCACAUUCAAUCGAAUCCUCAUGCCCUCCGAUGCCAAUCUGAGCGUAAAGUGCCAACGCGUCGCCCUGUCAAAGGAGACUCAGUACUAUGACUUGGCGCUGCAGUUGUUCAAGAGCCGGUUGGACCUGUCAAACCGUGCAAAUCUCAGCAGCGGGACGUUGAAUGGUUUCAGAUGGCACCCGGUGCUGACUAAUCAGCACCCUCACUUGCACCCGUGAUGGAAAUGGCACAUAUGGCCAAGGCUCACCUGGGCGUCCCGGAGGAGCACCGCAGGGAGUUGGUGGGCAUGAACGAGGAGGCCUUUCUGAAGAAUCUCUACCUUUUCAUGAAGAGGCGAGAUACGCCCAUCGAGAGAAUCCCUCAUCUGGGCUUCAAACAAAUUGAUCUGUUUGUGAUGUUCAAGACGGUCAGAGACUUGGGGGGUUACCAUCAGGUGACGGCACAGCAGCUUUGGAAGCAGGUCUACAACUCGCUGGGAGGAAACCCUCGCAGCACAAGCGCUGCCACCUGCACCCGUCGCCAUUACGAGAAGCUGUUGCUGGCGUACGAGUGCCACCUGAAGGGAAUGCCGAUGAACGUGGUGUCGCCACAUGUGGCGGAGCACUACCGCUAUCAUGGCUACGGCGCGGAGGACACGGACAGUCCUAGACAAAUCAAACGCAUGAUGAUGUCAAUGCCGCUGCACCACCAGAACCAUCCCAACGUUCAGCUUGGCCCUCAUCGCAGCGGCUUUCCUCUCCCAGUCCAACCCCCCCGCUACUAUCACCCAAGCCACACCAUUCUGCCUUCUUAUGCCCCCAUUUCCGCUUCCAUGAUGACGUCACACAGCCCCCAGACAGCUCCCUCACCCAAAUUCACCUACCCGCCGUGUGGUCCCGCCCCGACCGAACGUGUGAGGCCUCUGGAGCACUUGCGCUUCCUGGCCGAGCAAUACAAGUCUUCUUCGGGACUGAGUGAGCCUCUCAACCUGAGCAUUAAAGCGGAGAGUCAGAGGAUGGACAGGAACCCCAAAUCAUCAUUCUCCCCACCCUCGGUCAGCAAGAACCCAAAGUUUUUGAACACGCCCUCCUCGCUGUACACGCGGCUGUACUCGCAGGCAGCGAGUAAGAACGGCAGUAAGAAGCUGGAUGAGGCGGCCAUGAUCAGAGCGAUGUCGGACCUCGCCAGGGUCAGGGAGGACUCCGUGGUUGACCUCACCUCUAGUAGUAGUCCAGAGUAUGACUCUGCCUUGACAACGAGGACCGACAGCCAUACCUGUAUUACCAAGCGGAGCCCGGCAGAGUACGGGAUUCAGAAACAAGAGCAAGAGGAGGGUCCAGCAGUGACUACGCUAAACCUCAACCACGGCCUACCCGGCUCACCUCCUGAAGACGAUGGCAAAAUGGAGAUCGAGAUCCCCCUGUCGGUGUUCCACAACUGGCUGCGGAUGUACGGCCCGCCGGGUACGACGCACGACGCCAAGCAGCUACCUCGGCUCUUACAGGAGGCGGCGCAAAGGAUCAAGGACACACCCCCGGGACAGUUGUCAUUUCACCCGAACGCCCACCAGCGGCGCGCCAGCAUCGAAGACCUCAGGGUACCUGGUAGAAAAGUGCCAACCCCAGGGUCCACCACCCGGGCGUCCGCCAUGUGCCACAUCCCCAGACAGAAUCAUUUCACCGGCUACGCAGCACAAUCCCCUUCCAGCAGUGCUCCGAAACCCAUCACCGGUCUGGACGCUUCUCAGUUUUCCCAGCCAGAAGUGACAUCGUCAAGCGGCUCCAAGCCUCAGUCUUAUUGGGAGGCCACCGUCAAGGACAGGCAGCCGCCCCAGAGCCCCGGCCCGGUUCCGCACGACCUCUUGGUGACAACGAGCCGUCAGCGAGACGGGGAGCCGAGUUGGAAGACGCCAGAGAUGAACAACUCGUCUUUGCUGAUGAUGAAUUCCAGCUCGGCAGCCCCCAUGUUGCAGCUCACCAGCGAGGAGGUGAUGAAGCUCAAGAAAAUCAUCUCCAGCUCUACGUGACACUCACGUGAAUGUAAAUGCAUGUAAAUAUAGUGUAAAUACAGUAUUGGAAACUUCCAGUAAACUUCAGUGCCGCCUGGCUUGUUUGUACUACAGUGAAGAUGGCUCUAAAUUCAGACUUGCCUGCAAAACUGUAAAAACCCAUUUAAAAAAAAAAAGAUUGCUUAAAAAGAGUAUGAAGAAUAAACCACAAAAUAACAGGGGUUGACUUUAAAUACAUAAAAUGACAAAAGUAAAUACACUCACGAUUGUUUUUAUAGGUUUCUUUGUUAAGAACUAUUUGUUUAAAACACAUCGCUGCAGCGGUGAAAAAUCCUCAAAAGACGGGUUUGUGUGCCAUUUGUGUUCAGUGUGGUAACAUUCAAAUUAGUGAAUUGGUAAGUCAGUCAAGGUUUGAAUAAACACCAGUCAAAUAUCCAGACCUUUCAAGUCUACUUUUUCCAUGGCG